UAUACGAUCACGGCGAGCUACCAGGGCUGUGUGGAAGGAGGGGAUUCUUAGCUACUCAAACGUGCACAUAUUUCUACGCAGUGACGUAACACGCCUGCUAAGCGGUUUCUCUUUUUUUUCUUCUUCAAAAGCCCGUUCACGGAUGUUUAGGAACAGGUGUAAUUUGCUUGUUUGCUAAUCAGCCAGUUCAAAUCAAUCAAUGGAAUUUUGAAAGAUUAGGAUGAACAGUGUCGGAGUCCGCAGUAUGUAUGAGAUGGGAUGUAUAAUCAUUAUGGACAGUAACGUUUUGUGUAUACAGUGUAUCUGAAGAAUACGUGGAUAUAAUAGUAUAUGUAACGUUACAGCAAUAGUUGAAUAGGAUGACCUUAACCAGAAUACAGUGUAUAUUCAUGUGAAACGGGUGCAACAAUAUGUAAACAUUAUUACAUUGACCAGUGGUCCAUGUACAAAGGGCAGCAGCCACUACGGCGCAGGUUUGAGUAAACGGCUAGUGACAGUGAUUAAGUUUAGCUAAACAAACAUUUUUGGUUUUAGCCAGACUAUAUUUAUCCAGGGAGGGAAAAAGAGCCCAUUUGCCGUGACAUUGUGUAUCGCAAUGCCGUGACCCGGAUUCGAACCGGGGUUGCUGCGGCCACAACGCAGAGUACUAACCACUAUACGAUCACGGCGAGUUACCAGGGCUGUGCGCUAAGAAGGAGGAAAUAGAUUUUUAACUGAAGCCUGUAGUGACGUGGACAAGCGCAACCAUUUCAUUUGCAUGCAAGUAUUCACAUUGUUAAUUGUCCAAGCCGUUGUAAUAUUUCACUCAAUGUAAUUGAUUUAGUUUUGAGAUAUAUAUAAUCUGCUACUAGGCAAACAGUAUAGUUUAUUUGCAUAGCUAACGUUAGCUAGUACUAGCGAAAUAUAUAUUUACAUUUUAUUUGUUUAUUUAAUGUGGGUUUUUUUUAUGUGUUUUUCCGCUAUUUUAUCAUGGAGUCAUACUGAGACCAAUAUCUAUUUCACAGAUUAGCGCUAAAUUACAGAAAUACACAACACAUCAGAAUACAAAUGAAACGCAACCAGAAAGAAAAACAUGCUCAUAAAUGAACAUAUUCAUCAGUAAUAAGGUCCUCAAUCAGCUUUCUGAAUUGACCUACCAAAACAUCCAAUUGAAGAACCAUUAACAACUAAAAGGAGUUUUACCUAACUCAAUAGAGACUGAAGGAAUUUCCAAUUAGCCAUCCCUGAGACUGGGGUGUGGUUUUACAUGCAGCCUGGUCGAGACCAGUUGAAGAAAGCCUCUGAAUUAGCAGAGUAUACUCCAGAGCUGUGAUAAUGAAUGGAAAAGUCAUCCCCCAUACUCCAGAGCUGUGAUAAUGAAUGGAAAAGUCAUCCCCCAUACUCCAGAGCUGUGAUAAUGAAUGGAAAAGUCAUCCCCCAUACUCCACUGGCUGUGGACUUCUGGCAGGUCAGGAAGUGUCCGCAUGUCCGCCUGUUCUUCCUGUCCCAUAUGCACAGUGACCAUACCGUGAGCCUGACCUCGACCUGGGCCAACAGACCAAUCUACUGUUCACCGGUUACUGCCACGCUGCUCAAACUCAAACUACAGGUCAGAGAGAGAUGGAUCCAUCCUCUAGAGGUGGGAGAACCCAACAUGUUGCCUCUGGAUGAUAUAGGCAAGGAGAGGUUGACCGUCACUCUCAUGGAUGCUAACCACUGUCCAGGGGCGGUCAUGUUCCUGUUCCAAGGAUACUUUGGCACCAUACUCUACACUGGAGAUUUUCGCUACACUCCGUCCAUGCUGCGUGAGCCGUGUCUAAGGACCAACACCACUAUAGAUGUCCUGUACCUGGAUAACACUAACUGUGACCCCACACGCACCCUGCCCUCCAGACAACGAGCCACUCAGCAGAUCAAAGAGAUCAUCCGUAGCCAGCCCAAGCACAAUGUUGUCAUUGGCCUCUAUACUCUGGGUAAGGAGUCUCUAUUGGUUCAGCUGGCCAUGGAGUUUAAGACCUGGAUUGAAGUGUCCAUCGAGAGACUAAAGACUCUCAGAGCCCUGGAGCUACCAGAUGUCUUCACCACUGAGCCAGGAGCGGGUCGGAUCAGGGCCGUGGACCAGUCAGAGAUCCGCUCCACCAACCUCCUCCGUUGGAACAGGGAACACCCCACCCUGGCCAUCCUGCCCACCAGCAGACCCCUGGUCUCCUUCCACCCUAAUGUCCACGUGGUGCCUUACUCUGACCACUCCUCCUACCAGGAACUGGAGGACUUUGUCUCGGCCCUGCAGCCCACCUCCCUGGUCCCCAUCGUGGGCAGGCUUACCUCUGGCAUCCCCUCCUUCUCUGCCCUGCUGCCUAGGAGAAAACACCACGAAGUUCUGGUUCCCGAGUCAGUCCGGCACUAUAUGAAGGGCCGGCCUGAGUUGCAGGUUCAAGACCCUGGUCAGUCCAGCUUCCUGGGUUACAGUAACCUGCUGCGGAGGCCUAUCCGACCCCCUCCACCCAGAGGGGUGGUGUUUGAGUCCCCCCCUAAGGCCCCCUCCAGGCCUGGGUCGGUGGCGGACGAAGCCUGGGAGACAGGGUCCAUGGAGCAUCCUCAUCAGGAGGAAGAGAUGGACACAGAGAUGGAUGCAGAUAAAGAUGGAGAAGAUUCAGACUGUAUACUGAUGUAUCUGAGUAAAGAACACAGCCCUACCACAGACAUAGGGCCCAGCUCCAACCCCAGCCUGACCGGAGACCCUAACCCCAGCCUGACCAGAGACCCCAACCCCAGCCUGACCAGAGACCCCAACCCCAGCCUGACCAGAGACCCCAGCCUGACCAGAGUCCCCAACCCCAGCCUCAGCAGAGCCCCAUGGAGCCUGAAUCUGGUCCACAGGGUCUCAGAGAACCUGGAUUUGGAGGAGAGUCUCCCUUUCAGUCUAUUCACCCAGAGUAACUUUACACUCAUGGAGGUCCUGAGAAACACUGCCGUUUCACUGAGACCCAGAGCUGUGAGAGAGGAGACCCAUCCUCAGCAUUUGCCUCGUGACAACGACAAUAUGGCCGCCGAAAACUGUAACUUAAAUGCAGUAUCAGUUAACAUAACCAGUUCCCACAAUGGACAGCCAGACCAGGAGAUAGAAUAUCUUCCAUUACCACUUCUUAGCCUGAGCCCCUGUUCCAGUGACAGUACCUGUGUGAACACUAGUGACACCACUGAAACACAUACACAACCUGAACCUCCAGAAGACUGUGAGAUGUCUCUUCUGCUGUCCCUCCCUUUCUCCGAGGAGGACGUGUCUGUCUCUGGUUGCUAUAGGAACACUCUUGUUGACCGGAGCUUUUUGGAAAAGUUCAGCCUCUCUCCUUCAGAUUUGAAGUAGGGUGAAGUUGGCCAAGCCUAGACACUGAUCUCGGGUCAGUUUUUCGAUUUUCCUCCACUAAUGGUUAAGGGUAUGAUUGGGAGAGGUGAAGCUGAUCCUAGAUCUGUACCUAUAGCAGUCUUCAGUUCCACUCUGCUGUGGAGAGGUACCUUAGCUGCUGACGCCAGACAGAGACAGAGGACAAUGUGAAUACUAACGUGUCAACGGUCUUUCCUCCACUUGUACUGUUUUUUAAAUUUAUUUUUUGCUCUGUCAGAUGGAGAUUUUCCAUUUAAUUUUUUUUUUUUUUUGGUUCAGGACUAGGCUUAAUCUGUGUCUGGGGAAACUGGCCCGUUAUGUUGACUUUAAGAAGUGCAUAUUUCACUGUGUCAUUUAAUUUCUGACAUGAUUGGUGUUUAUACAGGUGCAGUAUUUACUCAGCUCUCACCUACUCUAUGUUAUGGCUAGGUUGUAGGUUGCAUGGAUUCAUUUCAUUCCCCGUAAUGUGCCACAGUGAUUGAACCAUGUUUUUAAGGAUUAAUUUCCAGUAAUGUGCCACAGUGAUUGAACCAUGUUUUUAAGGAUUAAUUUCCAGUAAUGUGCCACAGUGAUUGAACCAUGUUUUAAAUGUGACUCGUUGGUGAAAGGCUUCAUCCUGUAGCCAAUGUACUCUAUGCCUUUUAACCCAUCUCACAGUUGAUUAUAUAUAUAAUAUACACUGAGUAUACCCAAACAUUAGGAACACCUUCCCCCUUGACUGGUGUCAAGCUCCCUGCCAUCCAGGACCUAUAUGUCAGACCGAGGAAAGCCCGAAAAACCGGCAAAGACUCCAGCGACCAAAGCCUUUGACUGUUCAUUCUGGUACCGCCCAGCAAACGGUCCUGGUGCAUCGGCUCCCAUAACAACAGGCGCUGAGACAGCUUCUACCCCCAAGCCAUUAGACUGCUAAAUAGUUAAUUAAAUGGUUACCCAGACUAUCUGCACGGACCUUAUCUUGUACUGAUUCUAUGCACACUCACAAGACUAUACACUGAGUGUACAAAACAUUAGGAACACCUUCCUAAUAUUGAGUUGUACCCCCUUUUGCCCUCAGAACAGCCUCAAUUUGUCAGGGCAUGGACUCUACAAGUUGUUGAAAGCGUUCCACAGGGAUGCUGGCCCAUGUUGACUCCAAUGCUUCCCACAUCUGUGUCUAGUUGGCUGGAUGUUCUCUGGUGGACCAUUGUUGAUCCACACGGGAAACUGUUGAGUGUGAAAAACCCAGAAGCGUUACAGUUCUUGACACAAACCGGUGCGCCUGGCACCUACUACCACACCCCGUUCAAAGACACUUCAAUGUUUAGUCUUGCUCAUUCACCCUCUGAAUGGCACACGUACACAAUCCAUGUCUCAAUCCAUGUCUCAAUUGUCUCAAGGCUUAAAAAUCCUUCUUUAUUCUCCUCCCCUUCAUCUACACUGAUUGAAAAUGAUUUAACAAGUGACAUCAAUAAGGAAUCAUAGCUUUCACCUGGAUUCACCUGGUCAGUCUAUGUCAUGGAAAGAGAGGGGUUCUUAAUUUUUCAUAUACUCUGUGUAGAUUACCACAGUUUACUGUUGAUUUAAAAUGUGUUACCUUUCUCACAGUCACUGUUCAUUUAAAAAAAGUAUUGUUACCAUGGAAUUGAAAUAUAUAUAUAUAUAUGUAAAAUAAAGUUUAAAAUGUU